AUGAAGCUACGAAAUGAGCUGCUGUGUAUAUUGAGUACAAGUGUCGCGACUUGUCUCGCAUCGUGUGCCUCCUCGCCCUUGAUCGACUGCCUCAACGACAAAAACGUACCGCUCAAGCUGUCUUGCGAUACGGACUGGAACGACGCCUCUUCUGCUUACAAUGUCCGGCUCCCGGUGACUCCGGCUGUUAUUGUCGUGCCCGAGGUAGACACGCAGCUGGGCGAUGCCGUCGCAUGCGCCGGCCAGAAUGAUGUUCAUGUUCAGGCUCGGUCGGGCGGUCACUCCUACGCAUCAUACGGUCUCGGCGGCGUGGACGGUGCCAUGAUAGUGGAUUUGCAAACUUUCAACUCCGUAACCAUGGCUUCCGACAGCGAGGACGAGGUCUUUGUCGGCGGUGGUGUUCGCUUGGGCAACAUGGCGCAGGCAAUCUACGAUGCCGGCAAGCGAGCCCUGGGUCACGGAACUUGUCCAGGCGUGGGCAUCGGCGGACACGCCACCCAUGGUGGUUACGGAUUCUCGUCGCGAUCUUUCGGAUUGGCGGUCGAUCAGAUUACUGCACUGGAUGUUGUCCUUGCCAAUGGCACCAUCACAACUGCCACCUCGGACAGCAACCCUGACUUGUACUGGGCUCUACGUGGCGCUGCAGAUUCCAUUGGCAUAGUCACUGGUUUCCAUAUGAAGACUUCGCCUGCCCCUGAGCAGGUCGUGAACUUCAUGUAUGACGUAUCACAGUCAAACGCUGCCAACGUAUCGGCUGCUGUCGACGCAUUCCUCAAAGUGCAAGACUUUGUGCGCAACGCUUCGUCCAUUGACCGUAACCUCGGUCUCGGUCUCACGCUGGGUAAGAACAGUGGCACUGUCAUCUUCCAGCUGGAGGGAACUUAUUUCGGCUCUCUGGAGGAGUACACUGCGAAUGUGGAACCCCUUCUCCUCCAGGGCCUCCAGGCAUCGACAAGCAAUGUCAAGCAGUACGACUGGCCAUCAUCACUUGCGGCACUGGCUGGGUCCAGCUUGACGCCCCCAUCACCGUACAACCUUCACCAAAAUUUCUUCGCCAAGAGUGUCAUGGUUCCAGAACCUGGAAUGACCGAAGAGGCUUUACAGAACUAUUUUGAAUACCUUUUCAACGGUCCCACAUCUCCAACCCCAUUCUACGUCCUCAUUGACCUCUGGGGUGGUGCAGACAGUCAAAUCAACACAAAAGACACGAACUUCGCCUCUUUCCCAUUCCGGGAUACUCUCUGGGUCGCCCAACACUAUGCCUAUUUUACCGAAACUGAGGAAUUCCCAGCCGAGGGCAUCACCUUCCUCCAGGGGCUCAACGACGCAAUGACCGAGAAGCUGCCAGCCUCGCACAUGUACCAAAACUAUGUUGACCCUACUCUCACUCGGGACGAAGCACACGCCCAGUACUACACCCCCGAAAUUGUAACACGGUUGCAACAGAUCAAGGCAGCUUAUGACCCGGACAAUGUCUUUGUCAACCCGCAAUCGAUAUAA